AUGGCUCGUACCAAGAAAACUGCUCGCAAGUUUACCGGCUUCAAAAUCGCCCAGCAAAAUUUGACCGCCAAGCCUGUUCGUAUGUCAGCCCAGGUGACUGGUAGCGUGAAGAAGCCCAUUCAAUACCGUCCUGGAACUGUGGCCCUUUGUGACAUCCGCCAAUACCAGAAGUCCAUCAAACUGCUUCUCCCCAAGCUUCCAUUCAAGCGUCAGGUGAUGGAGAUUGCCCAAAACAUCAGCGUUAAAGUGCGCUUUCAAGACAUUGCCAUUAAUGGUUUGCAGAAAGCCGCUGAACAUCACCUGGUCGACUGUCUGAAGGACGCCAAUCUGUGUGCCGCCCACGCCAAGCGCGUCACUCUCCAGUCCAAAGACAUAAAACUGGCUUGCCGCAUUUGA